AUGCCACGCCUGAAUCUCACUUCUCGGAAUGCGAUCGAACGAUUGAGAGCGUACACGCCGCCUCCCACCAACUACGAUUUGGUUCCGUUGUCGCGACGCGCGGCGGUGCUGGUUUUGCUCUAUACAGAUGCCAAAGGGGAUCUUCGGCCACUGAUGGUUAAUACUAUAGAUGCAGGCCAAGCAGCCCUCCCAGGCGGAAAAUCCGACUCCCUAGAAGAAACCCCCUUCCAAACCGCCCGCCGCGAAGCCAACGAGGAAAUCGGCCUCCCCAACAUCCACCACCACCUCCCUCGUCCCUUCGCCGUCCAGCACCUCUGCGAGAGCUCCCUGCUUCCCUGGCCCGCACGGAACUCGUCGUGCGGGGGGAAGAGAAAUGGUAUCGGGGGACAUGGACGCAGUGGUAUGGAUCUCGUUGGAGAACAUAGGAACUCAAAAGUUAGUCUUCCAGAGGAUGGAUCUUUGUGUAAUAAUCUCAUGUUUGACAUGAACCAUGUGGUCCUGGUAUUAAAAUAA